CGCUUGUGCCUGAAGAGUGACGGCGCAGGCACAAAUGUCGAUGUGACCCGCCAGGAUUCUCGGUACGAAUCACGUAGGGGUUGGAGAUUUCUCUCUUUGAAGACCUCGCGCUGUAGAAAUGUAUGUCAAACGGUUCAUGCUGACUGCGCCUGUCAUGGAGCCAAGGAUAAAGUUUGAUCCUUUCAUCUAUAAGUAGCAAUUAUUCAUGACAACCUGUCAUCCUGUUAGUCCGAGCUUACAUAGGAUCGGAGGGCACAACCCGUUUGCUGUACAGGUCCAUUGAGCAUGUCCCUACUUAAACCUGCUGUGUCCCCAAGAUCCUCCUCAGAAAACACCAUGCUGAAGCUGGAAUUGUCCAGUAGUUCAUUUGUGAACACUGUCAUUACCGACCACAGGGGACGACCGUUAUAUCACCUUACGACCUCGACUGGGAUGUGGAAGGCUGGACCUACGAGGAUCUAUCGAGUCGGUGGUGGUGCGAAUGGGACCGGCGAAAUUGCCACUAUAACUUGGCGUGCUUAUCGAAGUACACAAGUGAACUAUAGAGGGUUCAAGAUGGAUAUGAAGACUUUCAUGCCGAAAGCUGGGUUCUGGUCAGGGAAGCGGACCCUCACAGGCCCGGAUGGAACGCGAUAUUACUGGAAGAAACGCUGGGGAAAACCGGCAGACCUGAAACGUGAAUCGGGUAAUGGUCGUUCAGCAAAGCGUGUCAUGCGGAUUCGCAAACCUUUCAUGAGUUCUAGAACGUACAUGGAGAUCGACCGAGAGGCUGAACAUAUGCUGGAAUUGAUCAUUGUCGGUGCUGCUUUCAUGGAACGAGAAAGGUUAGGAGCGGAUUCAGAUGUAGAUGGUGGGGAUGCAGAUGAUGGGGAUGCAGAUGGUGGGGAUGCAGAUGGUGGGGAUUACCUGGCGGCCAUGGCCAGCACUGGGUAUGGCGGAGGCUACUGAAUUUAUAAGUAAAAGUUUAGUAUAUCAGAUUGUUGUUACAUGAUAUUAGAACGGACACAUAGUGCAGAAUAAUAAUCAAUGUAUGUGCAGAGGGAAACUUCCCAAUUAUGAGGAUGACGUCGCAUCAUUGCAUAGCGCAAACUUAGGUUUCGGAAAGUCGACCUCGAACCACGGUAUCCACUUCUUGUCGGGGGUCUGGCCGAACCCAACG